AUGGGAAACUGCACGGGCUUGGCUGUGGAGGAACUACAAGCAUGUGAGAGUCAUCAGUGGUACAGAGAAUGUAUGACCGAGUGCCCAUCUGGACUUCUCAGCUUUUAUAAGUUAAAGCUGUUCUUUGGUCUGAGGAAACUGUCGGAUACGUCCAACGCCUACGUUAAGACCAUGUUUACAACGUUUGAUAUGAAUGAUGAUGGCUCCAUUGAUUUUAUGGAGUAUGUAGCUGCUCUGAGCCUGGUGCUGAAGGGAGUGCAGCAGAAGCUCCGCUGGUACUUUAAACUGUAUGAUGUAGAUAGGAGUGGCUGCAUCGACCGUGAGGAGCUGCUUCAGAUAAUUAAGUCCAUUCGUGCGAUCAAUGGGAUUCCUAGUGAGAUAUCAUCGGAGGACUUUGCCAACAUGGUGUUUGACAAGAUUGACACCAAUGGAGAUGUGGAACUUUCCUAUGAAGAGUUCAUGGAGGGGGUUCAGAAUGACAGCUUGCUGCUGACGACACUAACAGAGAGCUUGGACCUCACACACAUUGUCCAAAAAAUUCAAGGAGAGAUGAGGACCAACAUCUAAUACUUCUAACUGUAUGGAUCCUGAUACAUUUUUGUGUUUAACUAUGCCACAGCUGAAGAAGUGGGUUCAGGAUAACCCACAAAUCAUCAGGACCAA